GAAAGAGAGAAAAAAUUAAAACGUUGAUAGUGAGAGGAAUUUCAAGAACAAAGCGAACGAGAUUUUGAUCGUUCGUAGCGUAUGAUAGUUAAUCUUUACUCGCCCUAGUUCUCAAUUCCUCUGCAGUAAGCGCUUGCUACUCCCCCUUUGUUGUGCAUAUUCUUGCUUCCUCUUAGCUUUUAUCCAUUUGGUGAAAUUAUCGAGUGCGAAAAUUUGUGCUUCGUUUAUAGAUUUUGUUGUACUUGGAUUGGGAUAAUUCAAGUUGCUGAAUGUUUGUUGCUGUGUGUUUCUGAAGUGGAUUUAAGUAUGGGUUUUCGAGUUUAAGUCAAAAGGCUCGAACUUUAUGCUUUAGUUUUAGUGAAAAGUGGCAAAUUUUGGUAAAGGGUGUGAAGGGGAAGUUGGGUUAUUUGGAUUGAUUGAGGCAUUAGUAGGAUUUUGUUGAUCUUUGGUUGAGAGUGGUUUCUGCAGUUUGAGUAGCUUUUUUUAUGGUGGCUUCGCUGAUUUUUCUUGAUGAAAAAAGGGGUAUGUUUAAUCCCCUUUCUUUGAAAAUAUAGGGGAAAUUUGAAUCUUGCUUGAUUUUCUGAAGGUUUGGCAUAUAUGCAAGUAAUUGGUGUGUCCAAAUUUUGAAACUUGAUCAUCGUUCAGUUUUCUGACUUUGGGCGUCUGAUUUUGGGGUUUUGUGUUGAAAGAAUAAAAGCCUCUCAAGAUAACAUUUGGUGUCUACUUCAAGUUGGAUAUAUCAUCGUUCUUUGUGAGAUUUUGGAGGGUCGGAUUGGGGUAAAUUAAUUGAAAUAUGAUCAAACAGAUAUUUGGAAAGAUUCCUCGGAAGCAUUCUAAAUAUGCUGGAGAGCCGAGUCCAUCUUCAAGUUCUUUGACUACUUCAAAGAGAAGUGAAGGAGGAAACAAAAGAUUAAGCAGUGCAGUUGACGACGUUAUUUCAGCCCCGUAUUCUGUUUUAAGCAUUGGAAAUAACACAGAAGACAAGUUUGUUCGGGAUAAGAACUCGAGAUUGAAUGGAAAUUUAGUUUCUGCUUCAUAUGAAGCACUACCGAGUUUUAGAGAUGUUCCCACUUCUGAAAAGCAGCUCUUGUUUAUCCGUAAGGUUAAGAUGUGCUGUGUCGAAUUUGACUUUACUGACCCUACAAAGAACCUUAAAGAAAAAGAGAUCAAGCGACAGACUUUGUUAGAGUUAGUGGAGUAUAUGACUUCUACAACUGGGAAAUUUACCGAAACGGUAAUGCAGGAAGUUGUUAAGAUGGUGUCAGUGAAUAUCUUUAGAGAGUUUACUCCUCAGCCAAGGGAGAACAAGCUGGUAGAUGGCGUUGAUUUGGAAGAGGAUGAGCCUGCAAUGGAUCCUGCAUGGCCUCAUUUGCAGGUUGUGUAUGAAUUUUUGCUGAGGUUUGUUGCUUCGCCAGAAACUGAUGCCAAGAUUGCCAAAAGAUAUAUUGAUCAUUCGUUUGUUCUGAAAUUGCUUGAUCUCUUUGACUCUGAAGAUCCCAGGGAGAGGGAGUACUUGAAAACAAUACUACACCGCAUCUAUGGAAAAUUCAUGGUGCAUCGGCCGUUCAUAAGGAAAGCUAUCAAUAACAUAUUCUAUCACUUUAUUUUUGAGACGGAGAAACAUAAUGGCGUCGCUGAAUUUCUUGAAGUUCUUGGCAGCAUAAUUAAUGGGUUUGCUUUGCCUCUUAAAGAAGAGCAUAAGCUCUUUCUUGUGCGAACAUUGAUUCCCUUGCAUAAACCGAAAUGUUUGGCUAUGUACCAUCAACAAUUAUCCUAUUGUAUUACACAAUUUGUAGAGAAAGACUGCAAGCUUGCUGAUAUUAUUAUCAGGGGACUGAUAAAAUAUUGGCCAGUUACCAACAGCUCAAAGGAAGUUCUCUUUCUUAACGAGCUGGAGGAGGUCUUAGAAGCGACGCAGGCACCAGAAUUCCAACGCUGCAUGGUACCUUUGUUUCAUCAAAUUUCACAUAGCUUGAAUAGUUUGCACUUUCAGGUGGCAGAGAGGGCCUUGUUUUUGUGGAACAACGACCACAUCGAGAACCUGAUCAAGCAAAACCGCAAGGUUAUACUUCCCAUAAUCUUCCCCUCGUUAGAGAAAAACGCUAGACACCACUGGAACCAGGCUGUCCACAGCUUGACUCUGAAUGUUCGCAAGAUCUUCUACGACCUCGACCCUGACCUAUUCAAGUCAUGCCAGAUUAAGUUUCAAAACGAUGAAGCAAAGGAAAACGAGGUCAAAGAGAGACGUGAAGCGAUAUGGAAACGCUUGGAAGAAGUUGCUGCAGAGAAGGCUGCAAGUAAUCAACCUAUUCUUGUCCCUUGAACACAACUUGAAUUCAAAUCGCCUCUUUGCUUCUCCUUUUCAUCCAUCUUUUUCUACUUUUUUCUUUAAAGUUUGUUCGUACAUUUCUUUCUUUUUUUCAUGAGGGUGGGGACGAGUCUGGUUAGAGGGUAGGCGUAGCCGUUUAGGCAUCGAGACGUGCCAAAUUCUAGUUGUUUAAUUUGCUUGUGUAUUUUAGCAUCCAUUUAUAGUGUGAAGAUAUAAAAAUAACUUGACUGGUGUUGAAGAUGGCAAUUUUGUACCAUCUAUUUGAGAUUGAUUUAUGGUUGUUGGAAGAGUUUG